GUUGGCCGCAAAAAGCACAAAGGGAAGAAGAAAAAAGGCUCUCUCUUCUUCCUUCCUUCCUUCCUUCCUCGCAUACAAAAUGCCAAUGCCGAUGCGAACGAUGCUGCUCCGCCACCUCAGUCCCGCCCCCGCCCUACCCAAUCCCCGGCGCUCCUCCGCCUCCUCGCCGCAGCGGAGACCGGCGAGGGCCCGGCCACCGCCGCUGCAUUCCGCCCGCGCCACCGCGCUCCGGGCCCGGAGGACGCCCAUGGCGGCCGGCGAGACCGGCGCCUCCGUCUCCGUCUCCGCCGCCGAGGCCGAGGCCGAGGCCACCCAGGCGUUCAUGCCGGACGCCAGGGCGUACUGGGUGACGAGCGACCUCAUCGCCUGGAACGUCAGCGAGCAGGAAGCGGCGUCCGUCUACCUGUACGCCAGCAGAACCGCCGCGAUGGGCCUCUCGCCGUCGAAUGGCGGCAUCCAAGGCUACGAUUCCAAGGUUGAGCUGCAACCGGAGAGCGCCGGGCUCCCGGAAACCGUGACCCAGAAGUUCCCUUUCAUCAGCAGUUACAGAGCGUUCAGAGUCCCGAGCUCUGUCGACGUCGCCAGCCUCGUGAAAUGCCAACUGGUCGUCGCUUCUUUCGGUGCUGACGGGAAACACGUAGAUGUUACAGGACUGCAGUUACCUGGCGUACUGGAUGACAUAUUCGCAUACACAGGACCGCUCGGUGCGGUUUUCCGCGAGGACUCCGUGAGCCUGCACCUUUGGGCUCCUACAGCUCAGGAUGUGAGUGUGUGCUUCUUUGAUGGUCCAGCGGGCCCUGUGCUGGAGACGGUUCAGCUCAAGGAGUCAAAUGGUGUUUGGAGUGUUACUGGACCAAGAGAGUGGGAAAACCGGUAUUAUUUGUAUGAAGUCGACGUGUAUCAUCCAACUAAGGCGCAGGUUCUGAAAUGUUUAGCUGGUGACCCGUAUGCUAGAGGCCUUUCCGCAAACGGAGCGCGGACCUGGUUGGUUGACAUUAACAAUGAAACAUUGAAGCCAGCUUCCUGGGAUGAAUUGGCUGAUGAGAAGCCAAAACUUGAUUCCUUCUCUGACAUAACCAUCUACGAAUUGCACAUUCGUGAUUUCAGCGCCCACGAUGGCACAGUGGACAGUGACUCUCGUGGAGGUUUUCGUGCAUUUGCAUAUCAGGCCUCGGCAGGAAUGCAGCACCUACGGAAAUUGUCUGAUGCUGGUUUGACUCAUGUGCAUUUGUUGCCAAGCUUUCAUUUUGCUGGCGUUGACGACAUUAAGAGCAACUGGAAAUUUGUCGAUGAGUGUAAACUGGCAACAUUCCCUCCAGGAUCAGAUAUGCAACAAGCAGCAGUAGUAGCUAUUCAGGAAGAGGACCCUUAUAAUUGGGGGUAUAACCCUGUACUCUGGGGGGUUCCAAAAGGAAGCUAUGCAAGUGACCCUGAUGGACCGAGUCGCAUUAUUGAAUACCGUCAGAUGGUCCAGGCCCUCAAUCGCAUAGGCCUUCGUGUUGUCAUGGAUGUUGUAUACAAUCAUCUAGACUCAAGUGGCCCCUGCGGUAUCAGCUCAGUGCUUGACAAGAUCGUUCCUGGGUACUAUGUUAGAAGGGAUACUAAUGGCCAGAUUGAGAACAGUGCAGCUAUGAACAAUACAGCAAGUGAGCAUUUCAUGGUUGAUAGGUUAAUCGUGGAUGACCUUUUGAACUGGGCAGUAAACUACAAAAUUGAUGGGUUCAGAUUUGAUCUUAUGGGCCAUAUCAUGAAACACACCAUGAUGAGAGCAAAAGCUGCUCUUCAAAGCCUUACAAGGGAUGCACAUGGAGUUGAUGGUUCAAAAGUAUACUUGUAUGGUGAGGGAUGGGACUUCGCUGAAGUUGCACGCAAUCAACGUGGAAUAAAUGGAUCCCAGCUUAAUAUGAGUGGAACAGGGAUUGGUAGCUUCAAUGAUAGAAUCCGGGAUGCUGUUAAUGGGGGUAAUCCAUUUGGUAACCCACUACAGCAAGGCUUUAAUACUGGUCUGUUCUUAGAGCCGAAUGGGUUUUAUCAGGGCAAUGAAGCAGAUACCAGGCGCUCGCUCGCUACUUACGCUGACCAAAUACAGAUUGGACUAGCUGGUAAUCUGAGGGAUUAUGUACUAAUAACUCAUACUGGAGAAGCUAAGAAGGGAUCAGAAAUUCACACUUUCGAUGGAUUACCAGUCGGCUAUACUUCGUCCCCAAUAGAAAUAAUAAACUAUGUUUCUGCUCAUGACAAUGAGACUCUGUUUGAUGUUAUCAGUGUAAAGACCCCAAUGAACCUUUCAGUUGAUGAGAGAUGCAGGAUAAAUCAUUUAGCCUCCAGCAUGAUGGCAUUAUCCCAGGGAAUACCCUUUUUCCAUGCUGGUGACGAGAUACUAAGAUCUAAGUCCAUUGAUCGAGAUUCAUAUAACUCUGGUGAUUGGUUUAACAAGCUUGAUUUUACCUAUGAAACAAACAAUUGGGGUGUUGGGCUUCCUCCAAGUGAAAAGAACGAAGAUAAUUGGCCCCUGAUGAAACCAAGAUUGGAAAAUCCAUCUUUCAAACCUGCAAAAGGACACAUUCUUGCUGCCCUAGACAGUUUUGUUGACAUCUUGAAGAUCAGAUACUCAUCUCCGCUUUUUCGUCUUAGUACAGCAAGUGACAUUAAGCAAAGGGUUCGCUUUCACAACACAGGGCCCUCCUCAGUCCCAGGUGUUAUUGUCAUGGGCAUUGAAGAUGCACGAGAUGAGAAGCCCAAGAUGGCUCAGUUAGAUGCGAACUUCUCUUAUGUUGUAACCAUCUUCAAUGUGUGUCCGCACGAAGUAUCCAUGGAUAUUCCAGCCCUCGCUUCAAUGGGGCUUGAAUUGCAUCCUGUGCAGGUGAAUUCAUCAGAUGCUUUGGUGGGGAAAUCUGUGUACGAGGCCGCGACGGGCAGGUUCACCGUGCCCAGAAGAACCGUGUCAAUCUUUGUCGAACCUCGGUGUUGAUGCCUCCUUGGUUUCAACGCGAGUAUCUGUUCUACAAGUUGUCGAAGCGACCGAAGAUCUUCCUGUUUUCGUGUUGAAGUAAAUAAUAACUGAAGAAUAAGAGAGGAGAGGCGCUGCUGCCUGCGGAUUACACUGCUGAAGGCACAAACCCAGGAAUAAGAAGCCUGGCCUAUGUAUAUGUAUGUAUAGUGCCCGAGCUGCCAAGUCAUGGCUUUGUUUUCUGAUCCAUUUUGAUUUUACAUAUCAAAAGGAAAACAUGUAUAUCGAGUUAUAACUUAUAAGUAUUGUAUAACAUGCAUCUAUUAAAUAAGGAAGCAUAAUGAUUUGUACUGUACUGCCUUUUUACUUUGUACAUUGUUAUUAUUCAUCAAAGAAAUAAAGCACAAUUUCUCUAAUACUAGCAUAGUACCCGUGCGUUGCUGCGUAGCUAUACUUGAAAAAACGAGGAUAAGGCUUUGUCAAAUGAGGACCCCGAUUAACUUUGGCUCGAGGACCAGUUAGAGUAAACAUGAUAGUUCAAUGCAUGAAUUUAGAGAUGGAAUGGCCAAAUGAGUACACAGAGACAUGCAAAAGUUGUGGCCACACGUGCUACCAAGUGUAAAAAGUAGGGGAAGUGAACUCACCACCAACUCGAAAUUUUAUAAGUAGGAAAGAUGUAUAUAUUUUGUUAUUAAACUUUAAAAAAUUGACCAUAUAUUUUUCAAGUUCAAAUAUUUCGAAACGGAGGGAGUAAUAUUUAGUGAUAAGAUCUCUUUGAGGCCUCGAGGGUCUCUAACAAAAAAGAAAACUCUCUGAUCGAAUCGGUGACUCCACGACGCCCCGCUCGGCGCUCGCUGCUCUCUCUCCCUCUGUCUCGGCGCCGCCGCGGCCAUCGAUCGACCUCGAAGGAGGCGCGGCCUGCAGCCUCCACCUUCGCUCAGCCAAGUUUCUAAAACAAUCACAUGUCCAAGGCACGCAACGCCUUAGUUGUCACUGGCUUGGUGAUCUUUGCUGGUACCGGCCUAGCAUUUCCCUUCUACUUUGUGAAAUCAAAGAACAGGCCUAUUAUCGAUUCAACGAAGCCUCUGCCACCGCAGGCUACUUUCCGAGGACCGUAUGUGAACACUGGAUCGCGCGACAUAGGGCCUGAUCACACCGAGUACCCCAAGAAGUGAUAUGUAUUUCCAUCUUGUUUUCUCUUUGUUUUUCAACAGGCAUGCAGAAAACCAGUGAGUUCUGAGUGGAACCCUGUAAUGUUGAUAACCGGCUCGUGAUGUUGGGCAACGCAAUUGCUGUGGUAGAUUAGCUUCGGUUUGAGCCUUUGAGGUGUUAUGUGCAGAACACAUGCAUAUGAGCGUAGUUCUUCCUGAACUGUAAGCGCUUUUGAUCA